GCCGGUCCGAAUUCUGGCGGGUACUGGCAGCGCGCGGCGGUGAGCGGAAUAAUUUGCCUUGAGGGGCUCUUGAAGAAGUCCUGGUGAAACUAUGGACGCCGAUGAUGACUUGGAUCUGUUGGCUUCCCUUCUGGAAGAAAAUGAAGCAACUGAGGAGAGGAAUUCUCCUGAGGAGGAAGAUGCUCCAGAGGAUGAGGGUGGAGAACCAGAUGAAUAUGAUGAGCUCUUUGAUGCAGAAGAUGAUGCAUCCUACACCGAGGAGGUUGAUGCUGAGGACAGCAUGAUUGAUGAGCAGAAGGAGAACUUGGCUACAUUGUUUGGAGAUGUAGAUGACCUGCUGGAAGAGGAGGAGGCAGAGGAAGCUGUCCCCACUCCAGCUCCCAGUCAGGCAAAGGAGAAAACCAAUGAAGAACUGCAAGCUGAGCUGAAAAAAUUGCAAGAACAGAUGAAGACGUUACAGGAACAGUUGCAGAAGACUGCUCUUGGUCAGCAAUCCAGUUCAGGCCCUGAGAAGAAAACACCUGGUAAAUCUCCCUGUCCACCCUCAAAGGAAAGGAAAGUUCAGAAGCUGCAAGAGUCACCAUGUUUCUCAGCCCAGCUGGGCAAUCCUUUACCACCAGCCAAGCAAGGAAUGCAGAAACCAAAAGUAUCCUCAGCAGAGAACAAGAUUCCUCCUCCAAAGCAAGUCCUCAGUCUGGCGUUCCAGCCUCUCAAGUCUGCCAUAGGGAACACACCCAGUAAGGUGACCAGAGAGAAGACUUCUCACGUGCCUGCAUGCUCCAGUGCAACCACACAGCCAGUGUCUGUGGAAACCUUCUCAGGACUGAGAUUAAGAAAACCCCGGGUGUCUUCAGCCGAAAUGGACAGGAAAAUGGCCAACAGGAAGCUCAUCCGACUGUCUCAGCUGAAGAACAAACUUGCUACUGAAAAUCUGGAGGAAAUAGACUGGGUAACAUUUGGAGUCAUAGUGAGGAAGGUCACUCCUCAGAGUGCAAAUAAUGGCAGGACCUUCAGUAUCUGGCGGCUGAACGACCUGCAGGACCUCAACGAGUGUGUCUCGCUCUUCCUGUUUGGUGAAGUCCACAAGGAGCACUGGAAGACUGACCAAGGCACAGUCAUUGGCCUGCUCAAUGCCAACCCCAUGAAACCUAAAGAAGGCUCAGAUGAGGUGUGUUUGUCCGUUGACCAUCCCCAGAAGAUCCUCCUCAUGGGAGAAGCUCUGGAUAUGGGCACCUGCAAAGCCAGAAAGAAGAAUGGUGAUCCUUGUACACAGAUUGUGAACCUGAAUGACUGUGAAUAUUGUCAGUAUCACAUCCAAUCCCAGUACAAGAAGCUCAGCUCAAAGCGGGCGGAUCUGCAGUCCACCUUUUCUGGUGGCCGCAUUCCCAAAAAAGUUGGUCGGAAAAAUCCCACUUUGAAGGAGAGGCUGUGUCAGGAUGGGUUUUACUAUGGAGGAGUCUCUUCAGCAGCAUAUGCAGCCUCAGUUGCAGCAGCUGCUGUGCCAAAAAGGAAGAUUCAAACCACUCUCUCCAACCUGGUCGUGAAAGGAUCUGAUGCAAUUGUCCAGGAAACCAGGCAGAAAAUUGCAAAGAGACCCAUGCAGUGUUCUGAAGAAUUCAGGGAACUGCUGACACAGCCAACUUUUGGAGCACGAAAUCUCUGCAAACACUGGACCAAAACAGAUGCUGAGAAGAAGCAAGGGGCAAAUUUCCAAUCUAUCUCUGCUUCAGCACUGCUCAAGCAACAGAAACAGAAAUUGCUGGAGGCCAGAAAAAAGCGGUCUGAAGAGAUUCAGAGGCGGUUUCUCCAGAACACAAGUAAAGCCAGCACUCCUGCUUUCCCAUCCUCCUCCAGACAGACCUCCCUCCAUUCCCCAGUGCCUGGGGCAGAGUUUCCAAAAGCUGCAAAAAUGUCAACGCCUCAAAGGCCCAGGCUAGGUAGAGGCUUCUCAGAAGGAGAAGAUAUCCUCUUCUUUGACAAGUCUCCACCUCCAAGGCCAAAGCUAGACAGCUUGGCAGAAGCCAAAAAGCUGGCUGCAAUACAACGACUACGAGCAAAAGGCCAGAUUCUUCCUAAAACAGACCCAAACUGUGUCAAGAGGAAACGGAGUGAUGCUGAGGAUGUCCUAGAAAUUGUUGAAAGAGUUGAGAAAAAUGUUGCUCAGCCACAAGGUGCAGAAGGAGGCACUGAAAUGGAUGAACUGGAACCUGCUCAAAAGAAACGGCGUGAGCAGCUGGCCUAUCUGGAGUCAGAGGAGUUCCAGAAAAUCCUGAAGGCUAAGUCCAAGCACACAGAUGUCCUAAAAGAGGCUGAGGCUGAACUGCAGGAGCAAUACUUUCAGCCACUGGUGAAGAAGGAAGAACUGGAAGAGAAGAUGAGGAACAUUAAAGCAGUGAAAUGCCGAGUUGUGACGUGUAAAACGUGUAAUUACACCUAUUUCAAGCCUCUGGAGACCUGUGUGCAGGAUAAACACGACUACCUCUGGCAUGAUGCCAUCAAGAGAUUUUUCAAAUGUCCUUGCGGAAGCAGAGCUAUUUCCCUUGACAGGCUUCCAAAAAAGCCCUGCAGUAACUGUGGCCUCUUCAAGUGGGAGCGAGAUGGGAUGCUAAAGGAGAAAAAAGGUCCGAAGAUUGGUGGAGAAACACUUUUACCAAGGGGAGAAGAACAACCAAAAUUUCUCAAUAGUCUUAAGUGACCUGGAGGUGAUUUUUAUCUUCAACAUAUGGAUGGAUUUUUGUGUCUGAAACACACAUUUAUACUGCCAAGAGGAUUCAGGUUUUAGUGAUGAAUCAGUAGGGGAAUCAGUUUUUGAUGAAAAGACCAUCAGCCAAGUGUCCACCAUUCCGCUGCGUGGAUAUUGAACUUUGAUCUUUUUUAAUUGACUGAAUAAGACUGCAUGUGAAAUGCACAUUUGUGCCUGUUCUUUCCAACUAACAACACAAAAGUGACCUCACUAUUAGGUGACAAAUCAUCAUGAAUGGGAAUGACUGUAGAUUCCAUAAGCACUUACGAAAUUAAUACUCUGUGUUCAUGCCAACCUGUCUUAGCUCUUGGACAAAAAGGGGUGUGAGGGUUGAAGGCACAGAGCAUUCUCCAUUGGCUUCAAAAUUACUCUGAACCCUUAGGAAUAGAUGUCAAGCAGAUGUCCUGAGUUUUUCCUUGGCUUAUCUGUUAUAAAACCUUUCCUUGACUUUGGCCCUGCAAGCCAGCAGUGUUUUUGCUGGAAAUUCAGAGCUCCCUGUCCCCCAACACCAUCCACACUACAGUGCUCUUGUGGCUACAGACCUGUAGCUCCCACUUUGAGAAACAUUUUAAUGAAUCUGGCACCAUUUUGUGAGUGCUUUUAGAGAGCUGAGUGAUUAUACUUGAAAGCUUUUACUCUUUUUCUAGUAUUUUAAAUAGGAAGAUGAUCUGUCUCAGACCAAGCAGAAUGAAAUCUUCCUCCAAGAGGUGGCUCCUGAGAAAUGCUGUCACCAUACAGGCAUUUUUCUGACAUAUCUGUAGGGAUGCCUGGGGCAUUUAACCAGCUUUUCCUGGACCUGAGCCUUUUCCUGCCCCUGGCUCAUGCCCAGUAGGAUCACAGGGUAUUUUUAAGUGCCUAAAGCCCCUCCAACCUUAGUGAUUUGAUCCACGUGCCACUAAAUGUCCCACAUGUCCCAGCAGUCUUGUCAAUGCCUCUUGUUUGCUUGCACAAGGGCUGGAGGAGAAAUAAGUUACUUCCUUUGAAGCAACUGGACAGAUUCACCUCAGCAUGCUUCAGCCCUCAUCUCUUACUGGUGCUUUUAUUGGUGUAACUUGGCCUAUAGCACACAUUUCAGUCUCCUGUUGGUGCUGAGUUGCUGAGUGGGGUGUCACUGCCAGGGGACAAAAUCAGUAACUGUGACACUGCCUGGCAAUAUCUCCUGUGGAUUCCUCAUUCAGAAUAAAUAGAGUAGAGUAAAACACUCCCUGGGUCUGCAUGCUAUUUCUCUGAGGAAGAGGAUGAGUUGUUUCCUCAACAUAUUUGCCCACAAACUCAGUGCUGAAUAACCAAAAGGAAGUGGUUUGUGGUCUGUAAUUUUGGCUUUCACAGAAUUUGCUCAUUCAGACUUAACAGGAGUUUCUCACCUGGAGUCUACAAAACCACCAUGAAAUUCCACCUUGGUAUCAGCCUUCAGCCAGCAUGUUGAAAGCUUCACACGUUUUGCAGUUCCUGUCUCUUGGGCCCAAGGAAAGGAGAUUCUGCAGAAAUUAAAAUGUCAAAGGAGGGUUAAUGCUUUAUUUUCAUACAUGCCCCAGGACUACAGGGCAUUUGUAAUGGCCCAGGAUAUAUAAGACAUAUCUCCAUGAGAGUGAAUGCAGUGCUUAUAUGCAAAAACCAGGUGAAGAAACCAAACAAGUUGCUUUGCUUAGGCUCUAGCAGUAAACAAGAGGAGUAAAGGAGUGGGGGAGAUGGAUGUAUUGGAAUUUAUGUGCCUCAAGGUUUUGAGAUGCUUUUCUUGUGCAACAGAUUGAUCUACUCUCUUGAUUUCUGAGUACUCAGCUCUAACAACAGGAAAGCUGGGAUCAGUCAGGAUGGUCACAGCAAGGAGAUGAGGAGAUAGUGACAGGUGCUUUGCCCAAAGCUGUUUCCAAAAUGGGUUUGAUCCAAACAUCCUGCAGGACCAGCAGUUACCAGGUUUUUGGGUGACUCUCAGUUUUAGCACUCUUGAUGUUUCCCUCAGACCCAGCACCUGCCUCUCCAGGGUUCACUAUGGUUAUUCAGCCAUACAAGCCACAACAGAAUUUCUGAACCACAGAAAUAAUCCAGUGUAGCAGUGCAUUAAAUCUGGUUU